AUGGAUUUUUGUUGUUCCAAUAUCUGUUGCUGCUCAUUGUGUACCGCGGAACAAUGUCAAUUGUUCGAUCGACCGGGAAAACAAUGUCGAUGUUACAAUACAACCGACGUAACGUGCUUAAGGUUCAAAAAUUUUGUUUACGAACCGGAACAAAAAGUGCAGAUUUUUCCUGCUUUACCAGAACAAGCAAUAAUAGCACAGGUAGUACCAAUGGGUAUCACACAAUUGGAUAUUGACCCGUUAUGUUGUGCUAAUAAAAAUUGUCCAGCCUGGAUAAAAUGCAAAUAUUCGUUAAGUGCAAAACGGGAUCAGUCAGAUUCAGCAACAACAUGUUAUGUUGGAAGGAAUCUUAAAUAUAUAAAGCGACGUUGUGAAAGUGGUAGCAGUAGCCAGGACUUUGUUUGUCAGAAAUUCAUUUGCGAAGGUGGAAAAUCACCAUUUAUACUACGAACAUGUGCGAACAAACGAAUCGGAUGCUUAGCAGGUCCAGCAAUUUGUCGUUUCAGUAAUGGUACCGGUUACUGUGACCGUUGUAGCACGAAUAACUGUAAUUUGUGA